AUGCUUUCUGCAUUGAAGAUGCUUCUUCUCUUGUGGUUGUCAGUAAGCUCUUUCGGUGCCAAUGCUGAGCCUGCAGCAGCGUCAGCUGUAGACAAAGUGACAUCAAAUGCUCUAUAUCUCAACCCGAAACUGCCCGUAUCUGCAAGAGUCAAAGAUCUCCUGUCUCGAAUGAACUAUCUGGAACAACUCGCUCAGACCAGAAGCUAUGGUGGAGUCUUGGGCUACGAGGCGUCAUAUAACUACACUUUUUUGGAGACUUUGAAUGCACCUUAUGGGGGGUCAUCAGCUUCAUUCGGGACUUAUUCUACAAACUGCUAUCUAUCUGCAAAGGUUAUGAGUGCCGUCAUUGCCAAUACAACCAAACUCAAUCGAUUUCACAUUCCAGUGAUCACUGUUGGAGAUUCGGUCAAUGGACCAACACUUUGGAACACUACAUUAUUUCUGGCGUCUCUAAGCAUGUCCUCUUCAUGGAAUAUUCCACUAUUCUCCGAGGUCGUCAAUGCGAUUUCACUUGAAAACCGCGUGCUUGGUGUGCGAUGGGUCUAUAGUCCUGAGCUUGAUCUAGCACGGGAACCAAAGUUCGGGCGUGUGGGAGAGAUGUAUGGCGAGGAUCCUUACUUGGUUUCACGGUUUGGAGUGGCGCACGUUAAAAACAUGCAAGCCCCAGAUGCCAAUGGAACUCUCCGUGUUGCAACCACUAUAAAACACUUUAUCUAUGGAAGCAGCACAGCAGGUAUCAACCUCGCUCCUAUGGUUGGUGGUAUCAACGACUUCUAUAAUAUAUACUCAGUACCUUUCCAAGCUGUUAUUAAAGAGGCGAAUCCAGCUGCUCUAAUGCCAUCCUACUCAUCUUACGAUGGCGUCCCAAUGACAUCAAACGUCGCAUACACCAAUCUUUUCUUGAGAGAUGAGCUAGGAUGGGAUGGAGUUGCCACCUCAGACGACUCAGCAAUGUCUUUCCUCCAUGAUCUCCAUAAAACCGCCAAGGAUAUCCAAACAGCCGGCAUACAGGCAUUGGAGGCGAGCAUCGGCCACGAGAUUGGCGGGACAUCAAGCUUCGGAACACUAGCAACGCUUGGAAAUGAUCCUAGAGUUGCCAGCCUCGUUAAGACUGCUGCCCGUCGUAUGUUGACUCUGAAGUUCAAAACCGGGCUGUUUGAGAACCCUCUUCCGGACUUGGCGCAAAUCAACGGCAAAGUACGAUCCCCAGCUCAUCUACCACUCAACCUCAAUAUAUCCAAAGAGUCGAUGGUUCUCCUGAAAAAUGAUGGCAUCCUGCCCAUCAAAACCACUGGAAACCUCUUGUCCAAAGUUGCGGUCAUUGGCCCCCUUGCGACAUAUAUCAACGCCGGGUCAUAUGCAGCCGAUGACUAUCUCAUAGGCAGCGCUGUUUUACGUGGAAUUGAGGGUAUUGCAAAAGAAGUUACGUUUUCAAGGGGCUGCUUUGUCAACAAUGAUACGAAUGUCGAUGCAAUGAUAGCAGAUGCCGUGAAAACUGCCGAGGCUGCGGAGUUGGUGGUCCUAGUCCUUAGAUCAUCAUCUUCUAAUCUCGAUAAUAUUGGCGACGUUCGUACUGAUGGGGAGUUCUAUGACCAUGCUGAUCUUGGUUUCCCUGGACCUCAGCUUCAACUGCACAAAGCUAUUGCAGCGACUGGUGUGCCUAUUAUUGUCAUCAUUAGUGGAGGGCAGGCCGUUGAAAUGGAAUACGCUGUUGCGAACUCCAAUGUCAUUAUCCACACAUUCUUGCAAGGCGACUUAGGAGGCGAAGCAGUGGCAUCGUUGAUUACUGGGGCGACAAAUCCAAGUGGCAAGCUGACUGUCUCUAUACCAAAGUAUUCUGGGGCCACGCCUAUAUACUACAACUAUUUGCCAACAAAUCGCAAGGCUGGAAUAUGUACGCCCACUGACUGGCAAUGGCCAGUACUCAACAGCACAGCACGAUACCCCUUUGGCUUUGGACUGAGUUACACAACCUUCAGCUACUCAAACGUUCAGGUGUCGAAUUACACAAGCACCUCAGGCAAUAUCGUCGUCAGCACCACAGUCAAAAACACUGGAAGCGUUGCCGGACAAGAAGUCGUACAGGUUUAUUUUGGACAGGCAUUUCUGGUAAUUGAACGACCUAUCAAGAAUCUCAUUCGGUUCACGAAGAUCAAUCUUGAGCCAGGCGCCUCUCAGCAAGUCUCCUUCACGAUUCCCGUAGAAGAACUGGGCUACUACGUCAAUGGAAAGAAGCACGUCGAUGCAGACACUUACACUUUCUGGGUUGGCUCGAGCUCUGAUGAUGCGGAUCUACAAUCCAAGCUUUCUUUGCAAGCACACCAUGCAUUGUGAAAAAGUACGAUGUGGCAUUCAGCCUGCCUCUGGUAUGUCUGACUUGUGCGUUUUAGCCGCACUAUUUAAGUUACGAUAGAAGCAAGUUUGAAUUUCAACCAGAUUGGACAGAGGCGAAUCAAACAUUUGGAAAUACUGCGCAGCAUAAUGAUUGAGCUACAAUGUCAAAAAAGGGCAGCAAUAGAAGCGCCAGCUUGAAUAUUAUGUGUGAGAACUUUAUAAAUGGG